AUGGCUAGCGAUUACGAUGUUUUGAUAGUUGGCGGCGGACUGGCCGGUAUGACCGCCGGCAUGUAUGCCGCACGGCAUGGGCUCCGGACUGGGAUCAUUGAGCGAAUGAUGGGUGGAGCCUCCAUUAUCAAUGUGGAGAAGGUGGAGAACUUCCCAGGAUUUUCUGAAGGGAUCAUGGGGGCCGACCUCGCCGCGAUGACCCAGGAACAGGCAAUGACCUCAGGGGCAGAGUUCGUAAUGGGAGAGGUGUCCGGCAUUUCUACCAGCGGCGACUAUCGCAUCGUCAGCGCGGACUCCGGCGACCUGCAGGCCAAGACGGUCAUAGUGGCAGCCGGUUCCACGCUGAGGCUGCUCGGAAUUCCCGGCGAGGACGAAUUCACCGGCCGGGGCGUUUCCCAGUGCGCCACCUGCGACGGCCCGCUGUACAGCGGCGAGGUCGUGGGUGUGGUCGGCGGCGGCGAUUCAGCCACCGAUGAAGCCUUGGUGCUCGCCCAGUACGCAGACCGGGUCCUGCUGUUCCACCGGCGCGACGAGCUUAGGGCCCAGAGGGAGUUGGUGGACCGGGUCCUGGCCGAGCCAAAGAUCGAGGUCGUGUGGAGUACCGUGAUUGAGGAAGUCCUCGGAGAAAAUACUGUUUCCGGUGUCAGUACCACCAACAUGGCUACCGGUGAGAAGGGAGCGCGAGAGCUGUCCGGUCUCUUUGUAUACGUCGGGCUGGCACCCAACGGAAACAUUGUGGACGGUCUGUUGGAAACCGACGGUGGCGACCACAUCCCGGUGAACAUAUCAAUGGAAACGGCCCUGCCCGGCGUUUACGCGGUCGGAGACAUCCGCCAGCACUCCUCAUCGCAGUUGGUGUCCGCAGCGGGCGACGGCGCAACCGCAGCCAUCGCAGCGUUCCGUUAUAUUUCCGGAAGGUCCUGGGACUAA